AUGUCUGACACGUAUUUUGAAAUUCUGCAACGGAGCUGCAGUUCAGGGAACUACAUCCCGUCAGGUCGGCAGCUUCCCAGGACGCCGCCCUUAACAAACGUAACAAGACAACUGGAUUUCACCAACUCUGAGGAACCAGAGCAGAACAUGGAGGAUGGUGUCAGAGAUAAAGACGAAGAAGAACUUCCAGAAUCUCAUGACCCUCACUCCAUGCUGAAAGGGAUGAAGGGUUACCAGCUCACUGCUGCUGACUUGGAAUUUUUAAAAAAGAUGAAAGAAGAGCAGCUUGUCAAAAAAAUGCAGGUUAAACUAGAAGAAGUGCAGAAGCUGUUAAAAACGGAAAUGGUGGCCUUAGAGUUGGCAUGUGCUUCCAAGGAGAAAGCAGAGGCUGAGCUCAAGAGGUUCCCAUCUUGUAUAGAGGUCACCGAGUGGGCAAAGGUGGUCCUCAGAAUGGCAUGCCCACAGGCUGACUUGACUGACGCGGAUGCCAAAUCUCUCCUAUCCAUGAUGAAAAUGAGAGACAUCCAGGACGCCAUGGAUAAGAAGAGGGUCGAGUUGUAUCAAAUAAAGAAGAUGGUGGCAAACAAAAGGAAGGAGGAGGCUGAAGAGAGAGGACAGAUGGAAAGGCAAAUUGCCAAUGAACAGCUGCGGAUACAAGGUUUGAUGAGGCAGUUGUCUGAUUUGAAAGCUGAACUUGCACAGCGUGAGGAGGCCUGCAAGUCUCUGGAAAUGCAGGUGAACAUCACAGAAGCACCAGAAAUCAAAGAAGAUUUAGAUGCCAUUACAAGCCAAAUGAAGCUGCCAAGAAAGAGACAAAAGAAAGCUGUUAAAUCUACUGAAAUGUUGCAAGACGCGACAAACACAAGUAAAUCAACAAGGAGUAGAAACAGGGACACUCUGAAAACCUCAGCCGAAGAGCCAACCCGGUCCGGACCUCCAGGAGAGCAACAGAAAAAGAAGGUUAAAGCAAGCAGAGGGGAAAAUGAGGAAGCUGAAGGGCAGGACUUAAAUUCCGGAGAGUCAGUACAACCUGUGAGAGGACGAAGAAAGCCUGCUGGAACUGCUCAGACCACAGUUUCCCAACAGAAAAGUCAAAGUAAAGUGAAAACUGGGGAACCUGAGGUGCCCUCUCGUGGCAGGAGGAGAGCUGCUGCCACCACUGCAGAUAAUGCUGGAGAGGAGGCACAAAACGAAGGUCUGAGGAGAUCCAAGAGGAUCGCCAGCAAGAAGUGA